AUGUUAAGAUCGAAGAAAUGUCUCGUCACUGGCGGAUCAAGGGGUCUUGGACUUGCUAUCGCAAAACGAUUCUCUGAUGAAGGUGCCACGUGCAUCCUCAUGGCGAGGAACAGGGAGAAGCUCGAAGCUGCCAGGGAACAGCUGGCAACGGCCGCGGAAGAUGUUGUUGGGGAUGUGCAGGAUUUUGCUUCGAAAGACUAUGGGAAAGGAGUGCUUGAUGAUGUGGAUGUGUUGGUAAAUGCAGCAGGCAUAACACAGGUUUCCUUACUAGUGCGAACAUCUCCCAAUAGUAUUAAAUCACUUGUCCAGACAAAUCUCCUGGGCACAAUUUACGCUUCACAGGCAUUCGCACGAAACUCCAUCCGAGCACGUAAAGGUGGUGUAAUCAUCAAUUUCUCAUCAGCACUUGCACAUCGACCUGUCCCCGGUUCCUCCAUCUACACGGCUACAAAAGCCGCGGUCGAAGGCCUGACAAAGGCACUCGCUGUCGAGCUAGGCCCAGCAAACAUUCGUGUCAACGCAAUUUCGCCUGGCUACAUUGAGACAGAUAUGACUUCAGCGAUUUCGGAGAAGGCAAGGGAAAAGAUGAUGGACAGGGUUCCUGUGAAAAGGUUUGGAACCGUAGAAGAGGUAGCGGAGGUUGCGCUCAUGUUGGCGAUGAAUGAGUUUAUGACGGGAAGUGUUGUGAAUGUGGAUGGUGGGUGGAGUGUGUAG